AUGACCACGCCAUCCAAUUCACGUUCGUUUGGCUCGUCCACCUCCAACUACCCUCCAGCAUCCUCUUCCUCGGACUACUCGCCCACUUCGACCAGCACUCCUUUUGCGACUCCUGCUACUCGUGCCACUAGCAUCGCUCCCAGCACCUUCUCGCGUUCCGGCCCAGGCAACCGACGCGCCAAGUUCGCCAUGCUCUCUAGCAACGCUGCCGACAAUUCGCCCCUCCAGGCCAUUCACGCCAGUCCUACUCCCACCGGCUCUCGCUCUGCCACGCCCGCCAGCAUGGACGAUCACACGGCAGCGUCGUCUGUCAAGGACGAGGGCGAAGGUGCUAGCUCGUUCGCGUCUUCCUCUACCACGACUCUCAACGCGCGUGCCUCUGUCAAGCCUGGGGUCCGAGCUCGACUUGCAGCUUCGACGACAGCCUCCACUCCCGGCUCCAAAUUGACUCCCUCUUCCUCGUCGGCUUCGAAGCUCGGUGCCACUGCUGCUGCCACUGCACCAAGCUCGGAAAUGUCCAAAGACGCCGAAGACUUCUUCGCCAGGGCUCAGGCAAUGGGUCUUCGUCUCACCAGGGAAGACUACGAGAGGACCAAGGCGGGCGUCGCGGCUUUCCUCAAGGCGGAACGACGACCUUUCACGCCGACGGCCACUGCUACUACUGCUUCCUCCUCCACCACUUCUUCCAAGGCUACGGAUGUCAAGCCCUCGUCAAGCAGUCAGACUGCACAGGGGCCUACCAAAACGACCGCUUCGAGCGACUCCUCCGUCGAUGCUGCCAAGACGAACGAGCUUAAGGCAGGACCUUCGCAGCCUCGUCUCUCUGUUCCGUCGCCCAUGACGCGUCCAGGUGGCGCUACGUGGUCUCGCAACACCAGCAGUCCCGGUCUGUCGUUCUUCACCGCCGUCAUCGAGCCUCAAGACUCUCCUGGGUCGCCCAAGAUUCACCCUAGCCUCGACCAGAUCGGCAACGCCGAAGAGCGCCGUCGCCUCAAGCUCAAGAAGCUCAAGCUGCGUCAGCGACGUGAACGUGAGCGUGCUCUCUCCAGUGCCAACGCCGCAUCCAGUUCCAGCAAGGUUUCGCAACACCUUCUCGCAACGCCCAACUCCACCGCCGCACCGUUCUCUCCAGCUUCCAGCUCUGCUUUCCGCACUCCCCCGGCCAGAACGGACGCGAGCAAGGCCGGCAGCAGCAGCGCCAAGUCAGCCACACGCGUCGGCCUCGGUCUUGAUCUCAACGGAAGCGAUUCCACCUCAAGUCCGGACCCGGUCACCCCGCCUGAGGCGCUCUCGAGUGCGUUCUCAAGCCGCAGCUCCCGCAUUCGCUCCGUCUCCUUCGAAGCCUCGCCCGUUAUUCGUGUCAGCGAUGAAGUACGCGAAUGCGACUCGCUCGAAGAGCUCAGUCGUCGCGCUUGGGUCAGCCCCCGAGGCACUUUGCGUCUGCUCAAAUCGCCCGUCGAGCACGACGCCGUCUUUUGCAGCCCUCCCGUCGAUGUCGAUGAUGCCGUCGCAUGCUUUGCCAUCCCUGACGCGCGUUCGCCCGCAAUUGGCGGCCUCGCCGCGGACGGAUGGGGCGCCGUCCACCGAAGAGCCAUUUCGGAAAGCUCGACUGGUACCGCCGCCCCUGCCAACCUCGAAGGCCUGGACGCCAAGAUGAGCGGCCUCAGCUUCCUCGACAGGAUCAUGUCCAAGCAGACCAGCCCAAGGCGCCUCUACAAGGCCGAGAAGCUCAGGCAAAGGGAGGCAGCCGAGCGCAAGAUCGUCGAAGAGCAGGUCCAGGCAGAGUUGGCCGUCCAGCAGAUGGCCGAGGCGGCUGCUCGCGCCGAGUACGAGCAGGAGGAAGCCGUCAAGGCGGCUGCCGCAGCCGAUGCGAUCAAGGCCGCCAAUCCGGACUAUGCUUCGCUCGUCCUCAGCACGCCCAAUGGUGGCAACAAGACGCGCAAGGCGCCUGACUCCGUAGUCCGCGCGACUCCCGUCGAAUCGUCCUCGUCUCGUGCGUUGCGCUGGACGACGAUCGGCGGCAGCCCCAGCAACUUGCACAUGCGCAUGACCACGCGCGAGCAUUACGACUUUACCAUGCACGGCAUCUCGCCUAGCCAGCCCGGCUACGACUCGCUCGACUCGCUCUGCAACAUCCACUCGACGCCCGGUCCCAUCACCUUCCACGCUUGGGAUGCUGAGCCGUUGACCAGCUUGCGAAAGGGCACCGACGCCAACCGCUCCAGCUUGCGAGGCAGCUCGGCCUUCACUCCUGCGAGCCACUUCCUCCUGGGCGCAGACGAGCAUCGACCCGAGCUGAUCGGUGUUAGUCCUUCGGUUGCCAGCUUCUUUCACGCCAGGCAAGCCAGCGCCCAGGGAUCCGCCAACUCUUCGCUCAUGCGCUCCUCGUCGCAGGGCGCCGUUGUCAUGUCUCCGCUCUCCGGCCGCCUCGUCUCUGGCGUCGCCAGUCGAAUCAGCGAUCUUGAUUUUGAAGCCGACGACGAGAUCAACAUGCACCACGACGACGCGACCGCUGCGGGCAAGCCGUCCGGCUUCAAUGCGAAACGCGGAUUGCUCUUCUCUGCGCCUGGCGGCACUGCCCUCGAUCCUCCUCCAGCGUCGCUCGCUGAAGCCCUCCACCUCGACGAGGGGGCCAGCAAGACGUUUGCAAUGUCCACCUCGUCGCCCAUGCGUCUCAGUCGCUCUCUUCGGGCAGGCACGGCAGGCGAUCAGAUGAUCGGUGGCAAGCUGCCCUUCGCCAGUCCUCGCAGCGCCAUCACUCGCUCCGAGUCGACGACGGCUGUCGAGACCCGCCACGGCCGUCAACCAAGUGGCAACAUUCGGGACUUUUUGGGCAAUGCCACUCGGCACAAACGAGGGCUUUCGCGCAAGAUCGACACCAUCAGCCCCGCCGACGUCUUUGGCUCCAGUCUGCCACGCACCGCGUCCGCUCCCAGCUUCGAGACAAGGUUGCCUCUGCCCGAGCCGAGCAAGGGAGUCCGCGACGCAGUCAACGGACCUCAGGCCGAUCUGCAGGACGCGAGCGAUCAUGCGACACACGCCCGCAACAAGAAGGCAAAGAAGGCCGCAGAGGUGCGCCGCGUCCAGAGCGACUCGCCGCCCUCUCCCAGCAAGCAGCUCGCGCAAGCAGAGCAAGUCGUGCUCAUGCAACCUCCCGUUGAGCUGACUAGCGUCGGUGUCCACCUGAUGCACCGAGCAGGCAGUGCCGAGCCGGCCAUGAGCUCGUUCGCCAAUGGUGCUAAAGCGCCUGCCGCUAUCGUUGACGCCGAGGUCAAGGGCGCAUCGCAAUCGGCGUCGGCGAAAAAGACGAAAAAGACAAAGUCAGCCGGUGGCUCGGCUCCUGCCUCCGCGGCUGCCAAGGUGAUCGACCUGCCUUGCCAGGACUUCGAGCGCAUGGCCAAGGCCAAUCCCUCGUUCCAGAACGGCGACGAGAUUGGCUGGGACCAGCCGGACGGCAGUCGCCUGGUCAAGCUUGUCUCGGAGGAGCUCAAGGCGGCCCUGGAUGCUGGCACAUUGCUCGAGGAGCCGCCUGCACGCUACUACCUGCUCCCGCCCGGCUUCGGUCAGUCGAAAGCCAAGCCGAGCUCAGUCUCGUACGCCGGUCUCAUUGGCCAGGCCAUCAAGUCAUCGUCGGACAUGCGCCUCUCGCUGUCGGAGGUAUACGACUGGAUCAGCUCCACAUACCCCUUCUUUGAGAAGGGCGACCGCGGAUGGCAGAACUCGAUCCGUCACAACCUCAGUUUGAACAAGAGCUUUGUCAAGAUUGAGCGCGAGGCCAACAUGCCUGGUAAGGGAGGCUGGUGGGGCAUCAAGCCUGGCCACGAAGACCGAUUCCAGAACGGCCUGUACAAUGCCGUGCCGCAAAAGUUCGAAGCCGCCAAAGCGCGACAGCAGCAGCAGCAGCAAAAUCAGGCCAACAAGAUGGCCAGCUCUCCCGAAGCUGUCGAGAGUGAACUGGUCGUGUCGGACGCCGCUGUCGCCCUGCCAUGCUCGCAGAGCAGCGAGAGCGUGGACGGCAGCGCCAAGAAGCGCAGCAAGGCCAAGCGCAAAAAGGUGCAGAUGGACGACGCUGUCGAGAGCGGCGACGAGUCCGACAAGGAGAGCAGCCGGCCUUCGUCCUCCAAGAAGGUCAAAGCACAAGCACACGUGAUGAUGGCCGACCGUCUGCCUCUCCUCGAGACGCAGCCGCAGAACGGCAUGUCGCUCGGAGGAGGUCCGAUGGCCAUCAAUGGCCUCGACUCGAUCACGCCGGUGCGCCCUCACCUUGGCUCGUCGAUCUACGGCAGCAGCAUUGCCGGCAGCAGCUACAGCAAGCCGAUUCCUGGUCUGAUCGACAGCGCGAGCAGUCCGCCCAGCAGCCCCAUGACGCUGAUGCCGCCGCCCUCGUUGCAGGCAACGGCCAACCACAGCGCGAGGAAGCGCAAGAUGGCAGGGCAGGGGAACGGCCAGCUGAGCUACGGGCCAGGCUUCUCGCCUUCGCUGUAUGCCAUGCGCGGCGGGGGACUGGGUGGUGCCUUCGCCUUCCCGAGCGGCAUGGAAACCGACACGUCGCGUGGCUCGCCUCUGCGCCGUCAGACUAAAGGGGAGAACGCGCCCAACAACUCGUCAGUCACUUCUCCCAAGCGACUGUGGUCGAUCAGCUCGCCCAUGUCAUCGAUGCGCGGACACAAGGGCCACAUGGACGACGGGAUGCGAUCGCCUACCUCGACUGCCCGCGUGGCCGCAGCCUUGGCUCGCUCGCCCAUUCGAAGCUCUCCGCUGCGAAGCGGUGCAGCGGGCAUGCUCUCUCCCAACUCGAGCGCCAGCCUGCAGAUGCAGCUCGCUAUGGGCGGUGGCGCCGGGCAGAUGGGCUUCAACGGCGCUGGCUUCGGUGCCGGGCUCGGGAUGGGAUCCGGCCUGACACCUGGCCGUACGCCUGGCUCACUUCGCUUCUCGAGCGGAAUGUCGCCCGGUCGACGUGGGUUUGCGAGCAACGGACCGAUCAUGGGCAUGAGCCUCGCGGGCGCUGCUCCGCAGACGAUGCAGCAGCAGGGAUGGUACCUCGAUGAUCCCUUCGAGAUGCAGGCCAACUUGCAGCAUCAGCAUCAGCACCAGCAGAUGGUGCACCACCACCAGAUCCACCCGCAGUCGGGACACGGUAGUAUGGACUCGCACUACUCUGGAUUUGGCAGCAUCGGCGAUGGGAUCACCACCUCGCCAUUGCGUCAGGCAUGGAACAGCAUCCAGGCCGCUGGCGGCAUUCAGGCUUUCACUGGCAGCCACGGCUUUUCGCAGGCCGGACAGUGA